AUGAAGAAAAGAGCAAAGCAGAGUAGGUUCUCCUGCCACGGUGAUUAGUUUUAUUCCAGCCAAGAAAUUUGGGAUCCGUCGAACUAAGCUCAAACAAGAGGCAAGGAAAAAACAGAAACCCGAACCCAUUCGUCCCGUGCUCUACACUCGACGUGUCAAAACCAACAAACACAAAAAGCUCAAAAACAUUCCGCCGCCUCUCUCUGCGAAUUUAGAGUAAGGUUCCUUACCGGUCAGACAUUGUAGUCUUUAGAGGUGAUGAUGUAAAUCUAGACCCGCUCGAUGAUGACGAGCAGAAGCCUCCAGCUAGUUUUCGUGAGAUGAUGUGGUUGAAGCGGAAUAUUGAGAGCCGACAUCCUUUCCGUCUGGACCCAGGUAAGCGCCGUUUUGUACUUCUCAGUUCCUUUUCUGUCCAGACGUUGGCGACACUAAAGGCAUGAAGAAGUUCCGACCUACGAAACCACCGCAAAUCGGCAAAAAGGAGUCUGAGGAGGCAUUUUCUCGCCGAAUGGAGCGGGCAGCGCAAGAAGAACUGCUGAAAGUGAAGCUCGCCAAGAGGGCAAACGUAUGUUGCACCUGUUUUCAUUGGCCCUGACACCUGCUCGGCCUUUGUAGGCACCGCUCGCAGAUCCCGAAACGUACAAGUCGAAAAAGGCAAAGAGGGCAUUAAAGUAGAGUCCUACCUCUCAACUUCUUCUUUACUUCCCUCCUAUGUUUAGACGUCUGGCCGAGAAGAAGACAGUGAAGAAGCAGUUCCGGCAUGAGAAGCGCUUGACGGGUUUCGAGCAUCUCGUAGGUUCGUUCAAAACUGUCAUAGGGUGGCCUUUUUCUGGUUACUCUGCCAUUUCAUGCAUGUUUGCUCCCCUUCUGCUCUUUUGCUGACUUGCUAGUCAGCGUUGCUUGCUUGUUUGUCGAGACAUUCUCUGAGACCGAUUUCAUGACAUCGGAGUGGAAACCGGACCAUUAG